AUGCCGCAGUCUUCCAGAUCCAAGAGAAGAUCGCCCCCGCUCAAAAUCGUGUUCAUACUCGUAGAUGCCUUAAGAUACGACUUUGUGACGUUCCCACAACUACAAUUUCUCAACUCCCUUCUUGCAACAGGAAGCGCCUUACUCUACCGUAGCAGAGCAUACUCUCCAACUGUGACGUUGCCUAGAAUUAAGACACUCAUCAGUGGCAUGCCCGGUUUUGCCGAUUUGCUAAUUAACUUCAACGCACAAACACUCCAGGAUGACAACCUCAUCCAUCAAGCACAAGCCUCGGGAAAGAAGGUGGUGUUUUACGGUGAUAACACGUGGCUGAAAAUUCUACCGCACCACUUCCAUCGUCACGAGGGCACUUCGUCGUUCUUUGUGUCCGAUUAUACGGAAGUAGACGCGAACGUCACUCGGCACGUGCCUCUGGAACUAGAAGCCUCGGACUGGGACUUUCUUAUUUUGCACUACCUAGGGUUAGACCACAUAGGACACUCCCACGGCCCUAGCUCGCCGCUGGUUGGCAGAAAGCUCGGUGAGAUGGACGACGUAAUCAGGCUAAUUUACGAAGGCCUGAAGAAGAGAAUGGCGGAAAGGUUUUUGAUUGUGAUAACGGGUGACCACGGAAUGAGCAGCACCGGUAACCACGGCGGUGUUUCGGACGAGAUCAUGACACCGUUGGUGUUAUUACCGACAGAGCGGUGGACGUGGGUUUCGAAGCACGCAGUCGGUACGGUUUCUCAGCUCGACGUCGCAGCUACUUUGUCCAUACUAACGGGUCUUCCCAUUCCUAAGUGUAGUUACGGUGUAGCGAUCGCGGAAGCCUUGAUGGCAGCAAAUUACUCAGAUGCUGAGCGCCUUUUCAUGAUGCAAUAUAACCUACAACAGGUGCUGCUCACUUACCAAAACGAAUACGGAGCGAAAGAUGACCUCUCGUCCCAAGCUAAGGUCUCCCUCUGUCACUACCUCAACCGCUCGAUGCUGCACUAUUUUGAAAAAACCCUCAAAGGUAGUCGUCACCUCGAGCACGAAUUUUACGACAUCAUGACCCGGAUGAGGGGCCUCUUGCUUCGAAGCACUGCAUUUGACAUGAGCCUCGUCCUCAGCGGGAUAUCUCUGAGCUGCCUCAGCUCGUUGACCUUAUUGCUGGCUAUGUUAGCUUCUAGCCAGAAAAGGCUCCAGAUUCCAGAGGUGAACCGCAAUUUAAUCUUUGGCAUCGUUGCGUCAAUGUCCCAGCACUGGUUGCUUUGUCUUCUGUACCCUUCAGCUCAGAGCUGUAAAGACAGUGCCUUUCUCGUAGUGCUGAUCCCUCUCACCGCACUGGCGGUUCCUCUCUGUGCCUUCCUACACUGGCCCCUCCUCGGCCCAAGUACGGGUAGCCCUACGCUCCACGGGAUCGUGUUGUUUGUCACCGUAAGCCAUGCUCUGAGCCUGGCGUCCUCCAGUUUCGAAGAGGAGCACCUGACCUGGUAUUUUUUUACGACGACGGCGAUUGCAGUCCUCCUGGUGCUUAAUCUGCCCUACCAGAACGUCUGGCCCUUAGUCGGCAAGGCAAGCUGCGUGCUGGUACUUGCAAGAGUCCUCCGGUCCUGGAACGGCACCGGGGACAAGUGGGCACAUCUUCCAGACACCGCGGACUGGCUUGCCGACGAGGCUCACAAGCCGGUGCUCGCCGUUCUGAUGUUGGCGGGUGUCGUCUCAGUCAUCUUGUCGUCGCUCCGCCGCGAAAGACCACUCUACACUUUUUUCUUUUAUCUCGCUCUUUUGGAUAUCUGCUUUUACAAGCUGAAGUUUCUCUUCUACGAAGACUCGUCCGGCGUAGAAAACCUGUAUUGGUACGUUACGCUGUUGCUGUCGGUCGGACUCUUCCACCGCCUUCAAUACGGUCUCAGGAACGAGCUAGUCAACGCGGUCGCGGACUCUUGGAGCCUGCUGUCGUUCAUCCUGCAUCCGCCGCAGAACACACCCAUGUUUGCGCUCGUCAUACUCUUGGAGAAAUCGCUGAACAACUUCCUCUCGGGCGUUCAGAUAACGGUACCUAUGCAAGCGGCGAUUUACUUUUGGUUUGGCAUGAGCAGCCAUUUUUACCAGGGCAACUCGAACAGCCUCUCUACGGUCAGCGUUGCCGCGGGUUACACCGGGGUCAGCAACUACAGCCCGGUCGUAGUGGGCUCGCUCAUGUUUUGUCAUACGUACAGUGGGAUGGUGUACUGGCUGCUCAUGCUGUGGAGACGCUUCGCGGAACAGACAAGGGGGAUGCAGUCAUCUUCCCGAGCAAAGUUAGCCGUGUGCAGCUUGCUCAUCUCGCUGAAGUUUUUCACAACGGUGUGGUAUUUGGUUCUGAUGGUCGUACAGCGCCAUCACAUAUUCGUGCAGUCGGUCUUCAGUCCGAAGCUGGUCUACGAGAGCGCUCACUCAGUUACAAUUUUACUCGUGACUAUCAUAUCUGUGGUUACUUUGUUGUGAGAGAGAGAGAGAGAGAUCCAGAGAAUAUCGGGUUAUAUAUACACAUUGACAGACGCAGUAGACAUAGAGCCCAUGAAACUGCCAGCUGCAUGGCAUUUACUAUGCACGACACUAGAUAUUUAAAUAAUGCACUUGUUAAGAGGCAAAGGUUGUUGUUUAAACCUUGUUGAUCUAAUAAAAAAAAAGUGAACUUUA